AAUUUGAUUACUUGUUAGCCAGACGCCAUAUUUUUGUAAUUUGACGAUGGAAAGAACAUCGUAAGGAAACUAUUUCCAGAGAAAUCUCCAUUCCAACAUCAAACAGCUGACAAAAAGCUGGUGUGCAAGAAAGCUGUGUAGAUUUUUUAUCAUAAAAUGACGAUUUUACCGAAAAAGAAAGCAACUAAAGACAAGAAUGAAGUUGAAUCGUCAGACCAUUCCAAAGGACAUCAUCCAUCUACCCCAGAAAAUCGACACGAUAAAGUGAAUCGGACUCGAAGCUCUCCGACGAGAUGGCUUCCUUCAACAUCUAGAGACGAUAAUACAUCCACACUCGAGGCAGGUUGUUCGUACGAAGGACACGAACCUGCCCCUGGUCAUAAUAAGCGGAGACAUAGGUCUUCGCCCCAUCGAAACGUCCGGAAACAUCGAGGUCACGGUCAGGGAGGUGCCAGUCCGUCCCGAGAGUACGAUGAGGAAGGCUACAAUAGUGAGGACGAGUACAAUCCCCCCUCGUACCCCACUGACAACAUAGACGAGUUGGAAAGAUUAUUUGAUGCAACCAUGAAAGAUAAAAAAGGAUGGACAAUUAAGAAAAUGGCUGAGGAUGGAGCUUGUCUAUUCAGGGCAGUUGCUGACCAGGUAUAUGGGGACCAAGAGAUGCAUGCUGUUGUCAGAAAGCUGUGUGUAGAAUACAUGGGCAAGAAUGAAGAUUAUUUUUCACAAUAUGUAACUGAAGAUUUUAACACAUAUCUGAACCGCAAGAAAAUGGACCAUUGUCAUGGAAACCAUGUUGAAAUGCAAGCUAUAUCAGAAGUCUUCAAUAGGCCCAUUGAAGUUUACCAAUAUAGCAUAGAACCAAUCAAUACAUUUAGUGGUACAUAUAAAACAGAGAAUGAACCAAUCCGGAUUAGUUAUCAUCGUAACACCCACUACAACUCUUGUGUAGACCCUUACAAGGCCACCAUUGGGGUAGGCCUGGGAUUACCAGGCUUUCAACCAGGGCUGGCAGAAAAGAAUCUUAUGGGUGAUGCAGUUAAACAAUCAGAAAAAUUUCAUUUAGAAAAGUGUAUGUUGGAGGACAAACUUCGUGAGACUGAUUGGGAAGUGACCCAGGAGACCAUAGAGGAGCAGGUGGCUCGGGAGUCUUACCUACAGUGGCUUCGUGACAAUGAGACACAAGCACGUAGACAGGAUACGCCCAAGUCUGCAAGUGCAACAUGUAGUUCCUCUUCCGACGCUAUGUACUUGAACACUCCAUCAGAGCUGAGAGUUGGACGUUCACCACGGGCUAGGAGUAACCCGAAUUCAGCACAAAACAGUCCCCAGAGACCAGAAUGUCUUGACCAGGCCUCCCCACAACCAACACUGCCUACUAUUGGUGCAGGAUCUCCAAAGCCUCAAAAUGACCGCUCAAUGUUAGGUGCUACUGGUGGUGGUGUCCAAGGCGCUAUGGGUGGGAAUCCUGACUUUGAAGAGACCAGUUCCCUCAUGAACCAGUACCCAUCAAAUAUGUUUGGGUACACAGAGUGGAACGAGGACGACAUUCUGGCCCAGGUGAUGGCCCAGUCCCAGCAAGAAUACUUUGACUCUUUGAAGAAACAUGCAGCUGCUUCAUCUUCAGCCUCCUCUUCCUUCACCUUCUCUCCCACAUCUUCAUCAUCAUGGUCUGGCCCAAGUGGCAGUGGCCUGACUUCCAUGAGUAGUCCUCCUUCAAGUUACCAGGGUCCUCACAGCUAACAUAUACCCCACUGUUGACUUAUGUUAAGAGUAGUCAAUUAUUUCAUAUGUCUAGUUUAUGUUCACUAUAUUUGAUCAAAUUUCAUUUAUCCUUGUUUUAGUAAAAAGAAGUUUUAGAAAUCUUAAUUGGAAAAAUGAACACAAAACUCCUGUCAGAAUUUUUGAAAUGUUUUAAUGAAAAAGCACGAUCUUGAGUAAAAUAUAGAAAAACUCUGGAGGAACACUUUAAUAAUAUUUAUAAAGUGUAUAUGAAAAAUAUUGCUUAUAUAAUUAGUAAACCAACCUAGUAAAAUAUAACUUUCACAGUUUAAUUCUUCAGUGUACACAUGUGCACUGAAUAGUGAAUUCAUGGUCUCUAAGGAAUUGCUCAGAUAUCUAACUACAACACAAUCAUUGGUAGAGAAACCUUACACCUUCAGUUAAUCGAAUUUAGGUCUGAUGUGUCAUUAAGCAAAAUAUCCAUCAUUUAUGUUAUUUAAGCAAGAUGUAUUUUAAAAUGAAGGAUUUGGUUGAGAUAUUUUCAUCCACUUUCAUUUUGUGACUGAUGAGCAAUGUUUUGAAGAGUAACUUUUUGAUCAGAAGUUUCCACAUUUAUGUUAUAGUGUUAAGGCAUUCAGGUUAAAAACACAUUAUUAGCUACCAGAACUGUGUUAUCAAUUCAUUUUUUUAUUUAAUUAAAUUUAACACGUAUUCAAAACUAGAGUAUAAAACUUAGAUGUGAUCCCAUCAUUGUGAUUUGUUAUUUUGUUGUUUAAAAACAUAUGAUUGGAGUGAAGAACAUCCUGUUACAGUCGAACCUCCUUAAAUCCCCAACCAGGAAAUGAGUUCAGAAAAUUUUGCUUUGCAUUCAAUGCUUUAACAAAACUCGGGUAUCGGAUCUUUUAAUCCUUCGUUAAUGAAUACUUAAAACCAGUUACAAACUGUUAAAUCAUUUCCAAAAUUACGUUCUCUAGAAAGUCACAAUUUGUUUUUUUUUGUUUGUUUUUUUUCCUGGAAAGUGUCUAUAAUAACAAGGUUGAAUCAUUUUGUCGGUCUUGUAUGCUCUUUCCUGAUUUAAAAAAAUAUAUAUAUAUGUAAAAGAUAUAAGCAAUGUAUUAAAAUCUAAAACACUUGAAUGUAUUUCAACAGACCUAUGUUGGUAUAUGUAAUAAUAUUAGUUUAGGACCACUUUUAUGUAAAUAUUAAGUUGAGGUAACAUCAGCUUAGGUGUUUUAUAACUACCUUUAUUUGCAUUUAUACAGUGUGCAUGCUUCUCUCAAUGGAUGUGUCGAUGAUCAAUUGAGUUUGUGUAUGUUUCUUGAAAGCUUUUUGAUGUGAGAAGGAAAAAUAUUUUGUUCAUUUUCUUGGCUGUGGAUAUGAUAUUGAAAUAAUUCAGCCAGGUAAUGACUGUGUGUGAAUAUGGAUGUGAGGCCAGGAUAUCAUUAUGUAAGGGAGUAGAGGGUCAAAUCUUUUUAGUCAAGACAUUAAGGUAUUUGCCAAAUUUCAAAACCUACCAGAUCCUGAAUUCUAUAUACAUUUAAAAAUAAUGUUGCUAUUUUGGGUGGUGAAUUAAGUGUUCAGAAAAGUCUUGUCUAACAAUUGUACAUGAUAAAGAGAGAGAGAGAGUGAGAGAGAAAGAAAGAAGGGGAAAGGAUAUGGAAUAUUCAUGUGUAGGAUUAUUACAGUGAUAGUUAUUCUCCACCAGAAAAAAAUUUGAAUUAUUUCCUUAUAAAGUAUGAUAACCUACCUAGUAUCUUGGAACCACAAAUUGAACACUGCACAAGCAUUGUGAUUUUCAUGUAAAGGUGGAAAUACACUUCAAAUAAAGCGCCACAUGUCGAGGCUUAAUAGUCCAUAACUUGGUGGAACUUUAUUUAGAAUAGGAGAUGUUGUAUGUUAAUACGGUAGAUUAUUACACGAGUGUAACAGUUCCGCUCUCAUAUGGUACAGUGCUGUGUUGUAUUUUAUAUCUUACGUUCACCAUACUUAAUAUAAAAAAGUAUGCACCAGAUUUCAGCCGUAUAUUUUCUGGCUUUUGUUUGUGUAAGGAUCGGUUGAUAACCUACAAAACACAAUUUAUAAUAUUGAUAACUUAGUUAUUAUGAGAUGAUAUCUAAAUUCAUUAUUUAUUGCCAAACAUUGAAACUAUCAGCAAAAGCUGAUGAAUUCUAAUUAUCUGUCAAAAAGAACACCUUAUUUGACAGUAUCUAAGUGCUAAAUCACUUACCUACUGAUAUUUAUAUAUACAUACGUAUAAUACGUGUAAAGUUUAUACAUUGGGGAAAUAAUAGGUCAUAUUUUUUGUACACUUUUAUUUAAACUUAAUUAUAUUAUGGUACUAUAACCUUUUGAUUAUUGGUGUACCUGUGCUAGAAUCUUCAUAUUAUUUGAGUAAAAAGUUCAUUUUGGAUUAAUUUCUUUAAGUAUGUAUAUCCAAAACAUUGGUGUCCGUAAGGGCACUGUCCUUUUCUGUUGAUUUUAUAUAGGAUAUUUCUGUGGAAAUGUGGAGAGAUGGAGAGAUUGGAGACAUGCAGUGAUUAUUUUACUAAUUAGCAGUGAGUGUGAUCCCAUGUUUUAGUGAUGUUAUGUAACUACAUAGUGUAUGUCUGUAAUAUCCUGUUCUCAUUGCCGUUUACAGGAUAAGUUUUAAAUAUUUCUAAUUUGAUAGAUUCUCUGUAAUCAGAUUUCAGUCCUUUGAUCUGUUUUAUUUGAUUUCAUGUUUAGUUCUUGGUACGUUUGAUAAAGCAAUUUAAUCGUUGAAUUUUAAAUGAUUUUGUGAAUUUUCCCAUUAGCAUGUUAUGUAUGUUAUCAACCAUUGUCAAGGUUGGGUAUAAUUUUUUUGUGAUUAUAUAAAUGUGGAAUAUUUAAACGUUUUAUGUCCUACUGUGGUUAUGUGUUUUUGUUUAUUUAUUUUGAAUGUGUGAUAUAUACAGAGCCAGCCACCCCUUUAUACGGCACAUAAGAAAUAUCAGGACCACUGCUGAAUGCUCCUCUUCAUGUUUUAAUAUUACAUGCUACCUUACAUAUUACACCUGUGAUUGUGUUAGAUUCGUUAGUGUUUACCUGAGUGUUAUAAUGUAUAUACAUUUUUGUAGACAUUUCAAAGGUGUCACUAGUUAACCAAGCAAUGUCACCGUUCAUAACACAGGGAAUUGGCAUGAAUUAUCAACCAAAAAUCCAUACGUUUUUAAUUAUCUUUAAAUACAUAUGAGGAAAGUAGGUUUGAGAAUUUGUGCCAAAUCUCUGUGAUUCAUAAGUACAACCUGUAGGUUCAGAACGUUUUAGUAUUAAAAUCUGUAAGAGAUUCAUAUCACAGUAAGAUAGCAAAGUCAUUGGAUUCUUGUCGACAUCAUACAUUUUGUGCAGAUGAUAUUAUGUUUAGUAAGAUGCUGAAUUUGUAGCAGUAACAUAUUGAGAGGUUAUUUCCCAGGGUACAUAUUACCGGUGUAGGUUUGAAACAUUGUAAAUCCAUAGUGUGCUAAGUGUGGAGACUUAAGGUGGCUGUAUUUCUGAUAUCUGUGAUCAUUCAAGUUUGGCUUGAGUUAUCAGUGCUAUGUUUAGCUACAUUUACUGUGGUAAAAAUUGAUUUUUUCCGACAGGGAGCAACGUUGGGUGAUAUUUGGUUAAUUUACCUAUAUUUAGAGUAACACCUUUAUGUAUGUACCACAAUUAAGACUUUGAGCCCAGUAUUAAUCAUCAAUUACUGAGAGCUUAGUUUUAUGUUGGUGGUUUUUUUUUUUAUUACUAAUGCAUUUUGGUAUUGUAAUUCUAUUUUUCUUAUGAUGGAUCAUAUUCUUGACAAAAAAAUGAAAAUAAAAACUUAGGUAGUUUGGAUUAAUUAAAAUAUUUUUGUGAAUAAAAGUAAAGCAGAGGUACAUAGUAGACAAAAUGUUAAAAGUCACGUCUCAUAAACAUUUGUAUAUAUACUUCAGUAUAUUAAAAUUAAUUUGAAUGUUUUUUCCCAUUUUGAUAAAAUAUUGUCUCUUUUGCUGGUUCAACAAAAGAAGGCAUAUGGUCUGUGUGAAGUUAUCCGUAAAAAUGUUCAAAUUACCAAAAUUUCUUUCUUUUGAUAUUCUACAACUUUGUGGGAUCACCAGAGAUGCUUGUGAGCCAUGGUGGAGGGUUAGAGUUGUGUCCCCUGUCGGCCAGAGUCGUGACACCUAUGUUUUGUAUAUGGACACAUGUCCAUUUGUAUUUGUUAAUUCCCACAGAGUCAGGCACGGUGGGACAAAAUGUUAGAAAGCAAUCUAUGUAACUCAAUCAUGUACUGAGGACAAAUAAAGUUCACAUUUCAGUU